ACAGUCUUUUCUUUAAGAGCGUCAUGGCAGCUGAUGUAUAAUGGAAAAGACAGCGACACGUCUGCUCCUUUUUUAACUGAAGCCUGUGUGCUCAUGUCGGGGAGGGAUGUUCAGUAAAGUUGGGAACAUGAGGCAGAUUCACGGUGUGGUUGGUAUGGAAGCGCAUGUGGAGGUGGAGCGACCACACUUCCCUCUUCUUAAAUCUAGCAGUGAUGCAGAUGCAAGCGCAGAGCCAAGGAGAAAGUCUCUAAGGUUGUCAGACAAAGAGACGCAGCCAAAACCACAGCCAGAGAAGACAAAGGCACCUCCCAAGAGCAAAAAGGCGAAAGAGCCAGUAAAGGCCAAGCCAGAGGAGAAGAAAGAAGAACCUGAGGUUGAGAAAGAAGAGGUCCCCGCAGAAAAUGGGGAGGCCAAAGCUGAGGAGCCGGCUGCUGCAGCAGAGGAAGCUGAAGAAAAGGAGGACAAACCUGAAGAGGAGGAGAAAGCAGCGGAGUAGUAGUCACACCCUCUAAACUCACAUGCCAAUGCUCCCUGUACCUCCUUUCUUGUACAAUGCAGAGAUUAUUUUUAUCUACUAUUUUCUUAAGAGAGCAAUGUUUUUAGGGAUGUGAAUGCAGAAAUGCAUUUUAAAAAAUACUACAAAUGUCAUUCAAUUUCAUGGCUUCUGUGAAGGGAAAGUUUUGGUCAUUGUGUUGGGCUUUUUUUCCCCCAUUGUACUUGUUUUUUUUUUUGUUUUGUUUUUGUUUUGUUUUUAUUGCCUCUUUGGCUUCUUAUUUUGCUUUUAGAUUGUAGUUUUCUGCGUGACAUGCAGUCAUGCCUAUAUCAGGAAUUUGACGUUCAACUCUGGGAGAGUUUACCUGAGACAUCUGGAGGGAUUUUGUAACCUGUACUGUUUUGAAAUGUAAUACAUCAUAAUAUUUCUGUGUUUGAUAGGGAAUUGGAUGAUUGAAAGUUUGAGAGUUGUGUUCUAUGCUCAGUAACUUGUUCACAAUAUCUACUUUAAUCAUAUUCAUCAGUACUGGAAUUGUUUGGGUUGACCAUUUUCUUUUGUUAUUUGCAGCAUUAUAAGAACAUUUGUAUAGCUGCUGUAAAACUAAUAUGUCCUUUUAAAUCAUGAUGUUGCAUUUUCUAUGUGCAGUCAGUGAUGGUACAUUUGAGGACGGUUAAUGUUCUCAGCUAUGCUCGAAACAAAAUGCAUUACAGUCGUAAUUAUACUUGUCAUGGCUUAUGCUUUCAAGACAACUGUACUUUCACGUAAGUCAACAAAAUGUGUAUGCCACAAAUUUGUGGAUAUAUCCAUGGUGGUUUUGGGACGCAUCUACCAAUGUACAGUUUCAUCUUUUGAAAAAAAAAAAAAAAAAACUUUUUUCUUUGAUAUGAAUGGUAUAGAAUACCAAUUAAAGUGGGUAUUUCUCUUAA